AUGCCAUGUCAGGCCCUCAAAAUUGGCAAAGGUUUGGUAAGAAUAGAUGACCAGAACUUCCAUUUGCUCGACGAAAACAUUCCUCUAAACAUAACCGACACAAAGCUCUCGAUUGGCUUCACAUUUUCUGAUGAAACCGCAGGUGCAGACACUUUUCUCACUCCACAGCAAGCUGUGAUUACACUCUCGACUGAUAACGUCGAAUCUGAAAUGUACCUCUAUCCUAGCUUGGUUGAGGGAAAAGUUUACGAGGUUAAUGUCCCAAUUGCCAGAAUCUCCAAGCUUCUGUUGUCCCAGGAGAAGAUCCAUAUCACAGUUAUAAGCGGGGACCCAAUUGACUCUUCGUUGAACGCGAUCUUAAAAGCAGGUACUUUGAACCCAUCGUCCAAAUUGAGAGCUGAAAAAUCUGUCGAUUUCCCGCCAAGAUUUGGCGUGAAGGAUGAAAUACACCAUAUUUUCAGACAAGACCCUAAGAACUUACCAGGUUUCAUCUCUACCAACUUUGUGUUCUUGUUACUGUUGUCUCUAUUUGUUUUGUUCCUUUCAUGGAACUACUUCGAGGCUGCAAACAUCGAUAACAGUAGUAAGUUCAACCCUGUGGUUUACAUCUUCUUGGGCUCGGUGUUGGCCUUCGAAUAUUACUUCUUCGACUACUACUGUGGUACUUCGAUCUUCAAAUCGCUCAAAAGAUUCACCAUAACAGGAAUCUUUGCUCUUUACUUCGGCACCAAAGCGCUCAAGGACAUGUACAGACUAAGAUCGCAAAAUCUUCGUUAA